GGCGUUGGGUUGCAUUUCACCCCCUCACAUUUACAGCCAUCCUUAGCAUCACAAAAAUCAAGUUACUGCAAGAUGGAUGUUCACAUUUCAUUUCCCAAUUCCAUUAUCUUUAGAGGUCUCUUUGUUUUUUGUUUGUUUUUGCACGACAUUAGAACAAAACUGUAUUUACCUUGUAAAUACUUGCUUUGACUCUUCCAUAAGGCGAAUCAUCAAAGGACACAUUUAGGUGAAGAGAAGCUUUGCUGAGGGGAUUAUUGAUGCAUUUGCCCUUCAAGGGCAAGAGGGAUAUGGGUGGUGCAAACAAUAAGCACCACUCUGGAGACUUUGCUAAGAAUGGCUGCAAAAUGUGAAACAUCCAAUGACCACAGCGAUAGAUUUCUCAAUCUCACAGCUUAACUCAGCUGAGCAAAGGUGAAAAUGUGGAGCAGGAGCACCACUAUCACCACACACACUGCCCUGUGCACUGCACGCCUACACAGACCAUCAUAACACAGCAUCAUGUGGUGGCUGCAUUCCUUGAUGUACCAUUACAAUGACCACUGAGGAAUCAUGUCUGUUAUUUAGAGCAAUUCCCCUCAUUCAACUCACAUCCCAUAGCCUUUUAGUGUAAAGUUUGUUAAACAGCAAAUACAGAUGUACAAUAACAUUAAUUAAAAAAAGGAUUCAUAACAAUGUUUUGCAUCUCGGAAACAACUUGUUGGAGGCACAAAUGUAACUUUUCACUCACAAAAAAUUGUUGAAUUGUUGUCAUUGUUAAAUUUUUUAUUUUUUCCACAAUCCAAGAUAAUCAGCGUGAGCAAGGGGACGUACAAAAACAUAGUUGGAAAUUAAAAUACAAGCAAUUUAAUUUAUUGGGAGACAUGCAUAAGAAACAUGUUAUAUGGACCUAUUUUACCAACCUUGCUGUAGGGAACAUAAAAUCAAAAAUCCAAAAAUGCACACAAUUUCCAAACAAAUCAUUUGUUUGGAAAUUGCAUUUUGGAAAAGAUUUUUACAUUCCAUUAAUUUACAUUACAUUCACUUUGCAGUUGCUUUUGUCCAAAGCAACUUGCACCGUUAAAUUCCAUGCCUACCAAACAACUAUGACUCUGUUACGUGAGACAGUCCUUAGAGGUUUUGCAAACAUUUCGAAACAUUAAUUUGAAAAUAAGGUAUCUAUUACAAAUGUAUUAUUAAUCUGUACACUUCCACUGGAGGAUUUUUAGUAAAAAAUGCUUGUUAUUGCAUCACCUUUAAAUGGUCUCCUGCUGACCUUGGUGUAUAAUAAACACCCUUCACACUAAUUGUUAAUAAAAAUGUGAAUAUGAUUAUCUAGAAAUUGUUGUGGGAAGGUGUUGAAUUGUGGGGAAUGGUAAUGUAUGAUUCCUUAAUGUUCAGUAUAAAUAGCCUUUCUGUUCUGCAUCAGUGAGCUCCCCCUUAGUUUCUGCCCUCUAGCAUCUGAUCACAGAGGCACACUCCAUGCUAAUCAUAUGGCAAACUGUUGAGUGAAAAUGCUACAGUGUGUGUGUGUGUGUGUGUGUGUGUGUGUGUGUGUGUGUGCGUGCAUGUUGGCAGAAGCUCACUCUGUGCGAGUCCAUGAAAGCCCACUGCUGUUUAUGAAUGCCCACAGUGCGAUGUGCCACUUAGCAUGGUUAAACUGGAUAAUUCUUAAUCUCUAUGCACUGUUGGAGUGUUUGAGACGUGGGAGGAUGUUAGGUGGGAGGGAAACAGAUGGGUGUCGGAGUGAGGAGUGAGAGGCACUGAUGGAGUCAGAAUGAGCAGAGAAGGUGUGUGGGUGUGUUUGAAUUGGGGAGGGGGCAGGUUUGCUUUCUUUUCUCACUUCUCCCCUUGCAGGUCCACCAGUGAAUGUGGCCAUGGCUAUUGAAGUGGCCAGCAUUGACCACAUCUCUGAAGCUAACAUGGAAUACACCAUGACCAUAUUCCUGCGGCAGAGCUGGCACGAUGACCGCCUGUCCUACAAUCACACCAAUAAGACACUGGGGUUGGACAGUCGAUUCGUGGACAAGCUAUGGCUUCCCGACACCUUCAUCGUCAAUGCCAAAUCUGCUUGGUUCCAUGAUGUCACCGUGGAGAACAAGUUGAUCCGCCUGCAGCCCAAUGGAGUCAUUCUGUACAGCAGCCGAAUAACUUCGACAGUGGCGUGUGAUAUGGACCUGACCAAGUAUCCCAUGGAUGAACAGGAGUGUAUGCUGGACCUGGAAAGCUAUGGUUACUCCUCAGAGGACAUUGUGUAUCACUGGUCAGACAGUCAGAAACACAUCCAUGGCCUUGACAAACUGGAGCUCUCCCAGUUCACAAUCACAGACUAUCGGUUUGUAACUGAGAUGAUGAACUUCAAAUCUGCGGGACGAUUUCCAAGGCUCAGUCUUCGCUUCGAGCUGAGACGAAAUCGAGGUGUCUAUAUCAUCCAGUCAUACAUGCCAUCGAUAUUACUGGUUGCCAUGUCCUGGGUGUCCUUUUGGAUCAGCCAAUCAGCAGUCCCUGCUCGUGUAUCCUUAGGGAUCACAACUGUUCUCACCAUGACCACACUAAUGGUAAGCGCCCGCUCCUCCCUGCCUCGAGCGUCAGCCAUCAAGGCGUUAGACGUCUACUUCUGGAUCUGUUACGUGUUUGUGUUUGCGGCACUCAUUGAGUACGCCUUCGCUCACUACAACGCUGACUACCGACUCAAAGAGAAGGCCAAAGUGAAGGCCAACAAGCUCAGCUCUGAGUCCAUUGUAAAGAACGGCAAACAGGCAAUGGUUCUGUUUUCACUGUCGGUCACCGGCAUGAACCAGGGAGUGAUGAUUUCCAACCGGCAGGGGCGGACCCAGCGCUCCAGCAGCGAAAUCCCCGGAGAGGGUGGAAGCCAGGAGGCCGAGCCAAGGAGGAGAAGGUCCAAGCAAGCGGAGGAGAGCAAGGAGGAAAAGAAAUGCUGUUCCAAGUGCGUCUGCAAGCCCAUUGAUGCAGACACCAUCGACAUCUAUGCCAGGGCUGUGUUCCCAUUCACUUUUGCUGUGGUGAACGUGAUUUACUGGGUGGCGUACACCAUGUGAGGAGGAGGCAACAGUUCUAUUUGAAUGGCUACCAUCCAGCGCUGUACAUAAGAAACUGCUGGAGCUGUGCCACUUCAAUGCUGGCAGACUGGUGCAGCUGACAUAUACACAGGCCUCAGUAAAAAAAACUUGAAAAAAUGAAGUUAUGGCCUAUGAAUAUGGAAAUAUGGUUAAUUAAUGGAAGUAGUUAUGAGUUUAAAAAGUGUUAACAGGACUUAAUAUAUUUAAAUACAAAUACAGAAAUGGAUUUUAUAACGGUGAAGGACUGUGUUGCCUGUUGGAGGUUCACAUACACAGUGAACGCAGUUUAACCAACAAUCUAGAUUUCCUGUUAACACUGUUUCCUGUUAUGAACUCAACUAAGGACACUACAACAAAUGAUCCUGCUUGAAUACCUGCAGUACUGACGCAAAUUACCAUAGUUAGCUUAACUAACUCAAAGCCACAAUCUGGAGUGAACCGCCUGUUAUCUCAAAAAGCAAAAGCGCUUCCCAAACUAGAGGAUAACAAGAUGAGGUGUACUACUAUUCUGCAUGGCUGAUAACUCUCUCGCCCUCUUCCCCUGCCAUCCCCACCCCCUCUCUUCCUCUCUCUCCUUUGGUCCUCCACCCAGUUUUUUUCAAUUCAUUUUUUUGUUCAGGACACAGCCUGGAUUGUCUUAUCACCUUCUGCCAGUUUCCUCAAAAUUAAAGGACUUCCUGCACUA